GGGCAAGCGCGGCGGAGAAUUUCGAAUGUGGCUGCUGUUGUUGGCGGACGAGCAGAGACCGUGCCCCAGGCUUGGGGGACUCCGCGGAACCCUCGCGGAGCCUUGGGAUGUAAGAAGCAGGGCGACCGCUGCGGCAGAGGUGGGGCCCAAGGCAAAAGAUGGCCAAGGAAAGGUGCCUUAAAAAGUCCUUUCAAGACAGUCUUGAAGACAUAAAGAAACGAAUGAAAGAGAAAAGGAAUAAAAACUUGGCAGAGAUUGGCAAACGAAAGUCUUUUAUAGCUGCUCCAUGCCAGAUAAUCACCAACACUUCUACACUGCUAAAGAACUACCAAGACAACAACAGAAUGCUAGCUUUAGCUCUGGAAAAUGAAAAGUCCAAAGUGAGAGAAGCCCAAGAGAUCAUCCUACAGCUGAGAAAAAAUUGUUACUACCUCACAUGUCAGCUCUGUGUACUGAAAGGAAAACUUACUUCACAACCAACAGAAGAAUCUGCUCAGAACCAGGAAGUAUGUCCCUCCAGAAUGGACUCCAGUAUUCACAACUCCAGGGAUUUAUUUGUGAAGGAUUUACCGCAAGUUCCUGUUUAUGAAGUUCUCUCUCCAAGACAAGAAUCUUUCCAAAUAGAAGAGCAAAUACCUACUAUUCCUCAAGACAGACUAGUAUUUGAUCUGGAUUCAGAUGAAGAUAAGUCUACUGAUAAUGUCUUAUUACCUAGAACUGUAUCUCUCCGUCGCAAUUUAAGGAAACAUUUUAACGAUUUAUGUCAAUUCAGUAACUUAGAUGAUCUUGAAAUCAGUCAUUUGUCAAAGCAGUCUUUUGAAUUGGAAAGAACUAGAUUUGUAGAUCCACUAGUAAACAUGCACAUACCAGGUAAUGUAGAACAAAAUGUUUCUCAAUGGAACAAGAAUCAAAUUAACUUAUCACCAAAGCUUAUUCAUCCAGAAAAAUCUAAAACCAAAGAAGACAUUUCAGAGGAUAAAUCUGAGCAAAUUAAAAGUAAGCAUAGAUAUGCACAAGGAAGAAAGCAAAAAGAGAAAAGAAAAGCUAACAAAAGGAGAAAGUCGAAAUCCGUAUCAAAGUACAAAGGCAGCAAAAGUGAAAAUAAAAGAAGUGUUUCCAAAAAAAAGUUGGCUAAAUCUUUCACUUCCAGUGAUGCUUACAAUUUUAAUUUGGAAGAGGGUGUUCAUCUCACCCCUUUCCGACAAAAAAUGAAUAAUGAUUCUAAAAUGGAAGACAACAACAAUGAAUCUGAAGUGAGCACCUGUGAAUCGAGUGGUUCGGGAGAUGAUUCUGAUGAUCUGUAUUUGCCCACUUGCAAGUACAGUCAAGACAUCACCAGAGAAUCAGACAGAAGACCAGUCACCAGGCCUCGAUCUAAAAGAGCACCAAAAUAUAGGGAUGAAAAAGAGACAGAGGGUUCUCAGACAACAAAAACUCCUGCCAGCACAUUACCUGAAACUCACCAGUCACCUCAUCUUAGUCUGAAGGAUAUCACCAAUGUCCCCUUGUAUCCUGCGUCGAAAAUCAGAAAACUUUCUCUUUUUCCAAAAAAGAAUAAAGACAGCCCAGUGUCUCUGCCUAAGCGUAGGUGUACAGCCAGUGUGAACUAUAAGGAGCCCACACUUGCCUCGAAACUGAGACGAGGGGACCCUUUCACAGAUUUGUGUUUCUUGAAUUCACCUAUUUUCAAGCAGAAAAAGGAUUUUAGAUGCAGUUCUAAAAAAAAAGCAUAUGAAGCAAAUACAAUGAAGCGUUUGUUGGAUGCUGUUUAAAUUUGUCCUACACCCUCUUCUAUUGCUGUCGGACAGUGCGCAAGUGGGUUGGACCACUAUAGACUAUUCUCUUGGCAGGACUCUGGGUCGUGAAGAUUUCGUCAGAACUGCUUCAAUGUGGUGUUUUGUCUUAAACCUUUAGUAUUUGGUUUACUUUUUGUUUAAGUAUAAAUAACUGGACUUAAGCAUUAUAAUAGUUUGGAUUUCUUAUACUGCCUAAAACCCUUAAUUUUAGUCAAAAUGUAUCUUGUACCAUUUUAGAAAUUAAUGAUUUUUCAAAUUAAGGUGUUUUAAUUACAGCUUCUGUCAUCUUUAUUUCUCCCUUAAAUAGAGAAUACUAGGAUAAAUCAUUUUUGAAGACAGACUGAGGAUCUUUUGAAAUGAAAUAAAUCCUUGAAAUUCCCAGUAGGGUAUACCCUAAGGUGUUUGUGGACCCCUUAUACCAUUGUUACAUUUCAUUUUUCAGAUAAAAUGUGUAUAUGAGAUCAUGGUUAGAGAAUUGAUAGUUGCUUAGGCUCAGGGACUAGGUGACUAGCUCUGAGCCCAAGCUCUAGGCGUACCUUGUUCAAAGUGAUACCUCCCUGAAUCACAAUUAUUAGCUAAUGGUCUUCCAGGGUACCUCCUUAUUUAGUCAAAAAUCUCAAAUGUUAAAUGUGUGAUUACCAAAGCUUGUUUUGUAUUUUUGAUCAACCAAUGAGGGAAUUCACUUAGUUCUGAAAGUUUGAAGCCUGUACUUGUGUAUACCUCUUCAAACUUUAAAGCACAAGGUUAUCCACUUUUAAAGAGCAAUAAAGUUUCUCUAGAUAUUGCUUGUUUUUUUCUUCUGUUCUUUAAAUAUCAUUACUGGUCACCUCUACCAUCCGCAUCCUUCUGGACAUUUCUCCCACCGCAUCUUGGGUUUCUCUACAGUCGUCAUCAUGAAACUCAGCUCCCCUGCCACACUCCAUUUAACACUGUUUUCAUUGUGACAUCUCCAAGUCCAUGAUCAAGUGUUUUUUACUGGGUGAUCUUCCAGUCCUGACCUCAGAUUUUCUUGACUGAGUCUCCAUAUCAUUCUGCAUUCCUUAUCAGCCCCAAAUUCUUUUUAUCAGCCCCAAUUUUUUUCUCCCUGUUGAAAUAAUUGAUUCAUGUAUCCCACUCUUCCAUCAUGAUCUCAUUUUUCCAGUUUGUUCAACCACUCCCUUUACACCUAUUCUUUAAAUUCAUAAAAACUCUAGAGUGACUAUCUUAUGGUGAAAUAUGAUUUAAAAUUUUAUUUUUGUCACAGUAGCCACCUUUCAAGUGCUUGCUUAAUAGCCACAUGUGGCUAGCAGUUACCAUAUUGUGCAGAUAUAAAACAUUUCCAUCACUACCAAAACUUACAUUGGGUGGUGCUGCUCCAGGCCGGCUAUGGGCAAACUACAGCCUAUGGGCCAGAUUCACCCUGCUUUUGUAUGGUCUGCAAGCUAAAAAUGGUAUUUAUGUUUUUUAGGUGGUUGGGAAAAAACACUUGUCAUUGAUUUUAAUAAUAGAAAACACUAGCUUUAAACAAAUAAAAUACUUAGAUAUAUCCUUGGUUUUGACUCCUUGGCCUGAAACACCUAAAAUACUUACUUUUUGGCCCUUUAUAGAAAAAGUUUGCCAGCUCCUGCCUCCAGAGCACUGGCUGCCUUUACUUUUGCUUUAUGAGCUGACAUUCUCUGAUCUAGUGUCUAGUUUUGAGCUGACAUUCUCUGAUCUAGUGUCUAGUUUUGAUCCUUACCUUCAUCUGCAAAUCAAUCAUUAUUCUCAAUUUGGUGUUUUUUACUUCUGUAGUCUUUAUACUUCUAAUAUUUCUGUAUUCUUGCGGUAGUGUUUAUCCAUAGACUAUUAAGAAUUUUUUUGUAUUUUAACAUUUUACAUAAAUGUUAUUUUGUACAUAUCUUUGUGCAACUGACCCUUAAAAUUGUUUUUGAGAUUUAUCCGUGUUGGUAGAUGUAGAUUAUUUUCACCAUUGUACAGUAUAUCAUUACAUAAAUAAACCAGAUUUAUUC